AUGGAAUAUAGCCAAAAUGCUAAAAAUCUGUCUUAUACCCCUUCCGUUUAUUCAACCUCCCAUUUAUACCAUACAAACUCGAGUCAAAAAUUUAACAUCUCCUGCUUAUCUCAACCAUUCCCACAUAUACCAAAUAGCCAAAAUGUCUAUAUACUUCCCCUUCUUAUCCAUUUUUAUACUUCCCCUUCAUAUCCAUUUAUCCCAGAUAUGUUCUCACAGCUCUUAGUUAUCCUCUUUCAAGAAAGUUUUGAAAUUUGGGAUAAAAUGUCUCAAAAUAAAAAAUUUUUAAUUUUUUAA